AAGGGAAAUGUUCGACCGUCAUCUGUUCAGCUAGAUUGCCGUUCUGAGUCCAGCGAAACCUCUUUGAAGUUUGAAGCCGCCUUCCACCACUUUCCACUCAGCAAAUGUUCAGAUCUCAUCGCCUCCGGCGCUCUCUUAGCUAUCUCCUCAUCCACCCCCACCACCGUCACCAUUUCAACUCAAACACCCCUCACAUCAACCCGCGUUUCUUCAGCUCCCUCUCGUCUCAGCCUCCUUCUUCCGAUGCCGAGCUCCGCAAGUAUAUCGGCUACACCGUGCUCCUCCUCGGCUGCGCCGCUGGAACCUACUACUCAUUCCCAUUCCCCGAGAACGCCAAGCACAAAAAGGCCCAGCUCUUCCGUUACGCCCCCUUGCCGGAGGAUCUCCACACCGUCACCAAUUGGAGCGGCACUCACGAGGUCCAGACUCGGGAUUUCUUCCAGCCCGAAUCCUUAGAAGAGCUGGAAGCUGUUGUGAAGGACUGUAACGAGAGGAAGCAGAAGGUGCGGCCUGUUGGCUCUGGUUUGUCCCCUAAUGGAAUCGGGUUGACAAGAGCUGGUAUGGUGAAUUUGGCAUUGAUGGAUAAAGUUCUAGAAGUAGACAAGGAGAAGAAGAGGGUUACUGUGCAAGCCGGCAUCAGGGUUCAACAGCUGGUAGAUGAGAUCAAGAAAUAUGGUCUUACUCUGCAGAAUUUUGCAUCUAUAAGGGAGCAACAAAUUGGUGGCAUUGUUCAAGUUGGCGCCCAUGGCACUGGUGCAAGGCUGCCGCCUAUAGACGAGCAAGUUAUUGGCAUGAAAUUGGUUACUCCUGCAAAGGGAACAAUAUAUAUUUCAAGAGAUAAAGACCCAACACUCUUUUACCUAGCUCGAUGUGGGCUGGGGGGUUUAGGAGUUGUUGCUGAGGUCACACUUCAGUGCAUUGAACGCCAUGAGCUUGUUGAGCACACUUUUCUUUCCGACAUGAAAGAUAUCAAGAAAAAUCACAAAAAAUUGCUAUCAGAGAACAAGCACGUGAAAUAUUUGCACAUUCCAUACACUGAUGCUGUCGUCGUUGUAACUUGUAAUCCUAUAUCAAAAAGGAAGGGUCCCCCAAAAUAUAAACCUCAGUAUACUACAGAAGAAGCUACACAACAUGUACGAGAUCUGUACAAGGAGUCAUUGAAGAAAUAUAGAGGUGUAGUACCAGCUGAUAAUAUCAAACCUCCUCAGGAUGAAAAUGAAGCGGAGAUAAUUAAUGAGCUCUCAUUUACGGAAUUGAGGGAUAAACUACUUGCUUUGGACCCAGUGAACACGGAUCAUGUAAGGAAAGUUAAUCUUGCAGAGGCAGAGUUUUGGAGAAAGUCAGAAGGGUACAGGGUAGGAUGGAUUGAUGAAAUUUUGGGCUUUGAUUGUGGUGGUCAUCAGUGGGUAUCCGAAACUUGUUUUCCGGUGGGUACCCUUUCUAAACUAAGCAUGAAAGACUUGGAAUACAUAGAGCAACUGAAGCAGCUUAUAGAGAAAGAAAGAAUACCUUCUCCUGCACCCAUUGAGCAGAGAUGGACAGCUCGCAGCAAGAGCCUCAUGAGUCCAGCUUAUAGCUCUGUUGAUGAUGAUAUUUUCUCAUGGGUUGGCAUAAUCAUGUAUCUUCCAACAAUGGAUGUUCGUCAAAGAAAACAAAUCACUGAGGAAUUUUUCCACUACAGGCGUUUGACUCAAGCCAGCUUGUGGGACCAAUAUUCUGCAUAUGAACAUUGGGCUAAAAUUGAGGUUCCUAAAGAAAAUGAAGAGCUAAAAGCGCUACAAGAGAGACUAAGGAAGAGGUUCCCUGUGGAGGAAUACAAUAGAGCACGACAAGAGUUGGACCCAAAUCACAUUCUCUCUAAUAAUAUGCUGGAAAAGCUGUUUCCUGCCUUCCCUUAGCCAGUGAGUGAUGUAUGCAGCCAUCUUCCUAUUGUGGUGCUAGUUUCUGUUUCUUAUUCAAUUAGAGAUGCUAAUCUUGUUGGUUUUGUGGCUUCAAGUCACGUUGCGUAAUAGCACCCUAUGUCCUACAAAAUUAUCCGUAUAUUACUUUGCUUAAUCUUAGUACAAUAAUACAUAAAAUCAUGACAAACAUGACGAAGUCUGG